AUGGCAGAUAAUUUUGUUGAUAUUCUAAGUGGAAAGAAGGAAUCUAUAAUAUGCAAGUUGUCAUCUACAGCGAAGGAGACAGUGCAGCAUAAUAGGCACAUACUAGCCAAGAUUAUUCAAGUUGUGCUGUUGCUAGGGAAACAAAACAUACCUUUUAGGGGUCAUACUGAAGAACGGAGUAAUUUUAUGGCAGUGUUGCAGUCUCAUGCACAAACUGACCCUCUACUGGCAAACCACCUUCAGCAUGGAAAAGAUAACGCACGAUACACGUCCCCCGAGAUUCAGAAUAAGCUGAUAAGCCUCUGUGCUGAUCAAGUAAGGCAGCAGAUAAUUUCUGAAUGCAGAAAAUCUGAUUUUUUUGCCGUGAUGGCUGACGAAGCUACUGACUGUUCAACAAAGGAACAGUUAUCGAUAUGCGUGCGUUAUGUUGUUCAUAACGGUGAACAGUAUCAACUCUUUGAAAAGUUUAUCGGUUUUGUCACCUGCAGUUCUAUUAAAGGUGUACACCUGGCAAACGAAAUUUUAGACCAUUUGCAAGGCUGUGGACUUGACAUUUUAAAGUUACGUGGUCAGUGUUAUGACGGAGCAGGAAAUAUGGCCGGAAAAUACAACGGUGUUCAAGCGUUAGUGCGUGAGCGCGUACCCCUUGCUAGUUACGUGCACUGUAAAUCACACUGCCUUAACUUGUCAGUAGUACACACAUGCAAGCUUCAAUGUGUUAGAACUAUGAUGAAAACAGUGCAAGAUAUCGGGUUUGCAUUUUCUUACUCAGGGAAGCGUUUGGAGGCUUUUGUUACAGAGUUGUCCGAAGACCCCGUCACACGUGCUCAAUUAGAAGGUCGACAGAAGCUCAAGACCCUCUGUGAAACGAGAUGGAUGAGCCAUGCAGAUGCAUUGACAACUUUCAAACAGGCAUUUUCAGUUGUCGUUCACGCCCUGGAAUCUCUUGAGGCUGACAAUGACGAUAAGGCUGGGGAGCACGUGCGUGCUAUACUGCGAUUUGAUUUCAUCAUUACUCUUGUUACCUGCGAACACGUCCUCAAUAUCCUUGUUGGACUGACUGGAAUACUUCAAGAGGUGAGCAUGGAUUUGUUAGAGGCUGUACGUGAAGCCGGUGUUGUGGUAGACAUUCUACGUGCAGAACGACAGGACGAUGCGGUGUUUGAUGCAAUUUACCAGACAGCCGUGGACAUAGCUGCUGAAUUUCAGAUUGAUGCAAGUGUACCGCGUCAAGCCGCCAGACAGCGCCAUAGAGCCAAUUAUCAGAUUGGGGAUCCAAAGGAAUACUGGCGAGUAUCUUUAUUCAACGUUUUCGUUGACCAUCUUGCUGAGGAAAUUAGUACCCGGGUGAUGAGCAAUCAUGAUCGUUUUUGUGCACAAAUGCUCAUGCCCUCAAAGAUCAGGAACCUGAAUGAUGAACAUGUAGAUUCUAUAUUCACAAGCUACAGCCAGGAUAUGAAUAUAUCGAAAGAAGUGUUUCAGGGUGAAAUUCGACGCUGGAGGGCGCGGUGGAGUCAAGAUGACGGCAGACCAAGGCCAUCAACUCUUCUGUCUCUACUUGACAGCACUCCUAAGGCCGCAUAUCCUGGUAUUCACAAAGCGUUGUCAGUAUUGCUAACAAUGCCGGCUACGUCUGCGUCCUGUGAACGCUCAUUCAGUUCUAUGCGCCGUAUCAAAUCUUACAUGAGAAGCACGAAUGACGGGUGA